UGAAGUCUGAACUUGUUUAGAGCACGAGAGGGACAUCAGAUGUAGACAGAAUGCCUCUUAUUUUCGUCUGCAUGUUGUUUUGUUUGCAGCCCUGUUUUGGAUGCCAUGCUGUUUGCCAAUGCAUGGGCAGAAGUUUUGUCUGCCAAGAAAACAAGAUGGAACAGAUUCCAAACAAUAUCCCCAGGAAUGCCACUGAAUUGAGAUUUAUGCUUACAAAAAUCACAAUUAUACCGAACGGGGCAUUCGCAGGAUUUCAAGACCUUGAGAAAAUAGAAAUAUCUCAGAAUGAUGUCCUGACUUCCAUAGAAGCCAAUGUGUUUUCCAACAGCCCCCAGCUGCACGAGAUAAGGAUUGAAAAAGCCAACAGCCUAGUAUACAUUGAUCAAGAGGCUUUUCAAAAUCUCCCGAAGCUUAAAUACUUGUUAAUAUCCAACACUGGAAUUCAUUUUAUCCCCGUGGUUUCCAAGAUACAGUCUCUACAAAUGGUUUUACUGGAGAUUCAAGACAAUAUCAACAUCAAGAAAAUUGAAAGAAAUUCAUUUGCUGGACUAAGUAUCGACAAUGUCAUAUUAAGGCUCAACAAGAAUGGAAUUGAAGAAAUACAGAACUAUGCAUUUAAUGGCACAAAUUUAAAUGAGCUAAUUCUCAGUGGCAAUGAGAGGCUGGCAAGACUACCUGACCUUGUUUUUCAUGGAUCCACUGGGCCAACUGUUUUGGAUAUUUCUAAUACAAGGAUCAGCUCUUUGCCGAGCUUUGGACUGGAGAAAAUAAAAAGACUCAAAGCAAAGUCUGCAUAUAAUUUAAAGAAGCUUCCAGCCCUGGAAAAGUUUGAAGAACUGAUUGAAGCUGAUCUAACCUACCCUAGCCACUGCUGUGCAUUUGCGAACUGGAAGAGAGAAAUCACAGACUGGGAUCCAAUCUGCAAUAAAACUUAUGAGAGUCAGCCCGAAGAUUUGAAGUCUUUGAACAAAAGGUCAGCCCAAGUGGAUCCUAUAUUAUCCAAUGGAGAAACAACAUAUGACUUGAUAGACAAGGAAGAUGACAUUGCAUUUGACUACUUCUUUUGUUAUGGAAAACGGGAUUUUGUAUGCUCUCCUACUCCAGACGAAUUCAAUCCAUGUGAAGAUAUAAUGGGGUACACGGCUCUCAGAGUCCUUAUAUGGUGUGUCAACAUUCUGGCUAUCACUGGAAAUUCAGUUGUUCUGAUAAUAUUGCUAACAAGUCAGUACAAAUUCACUGUUCCCAGAUUUCUAAUGUGCAACCUUGCAUUUGCAGACUUGUGCAUGGGUGUCUAUCUGUUGCUCAUUGCAGCUGUGGAUAUUAAGACCAAAAGUCAGUAUUAUAACUAUGCCAUUGACUGGCAAACAGGUGCAGGGUGUCACGCUGCUGGGUUUUUUACCGUCUUUGCUAGUGAGCUGUCUGUCUUUACUCUAACUGUAAUAACUUUGGAAAGAUGGCACACAAUAACAUAUGCAAUGCAGUUAGACCGGAAAGUCCGAUUUCGACACGCAACAAUGAUAAUGGCUUCAGGCUGGGUGUUUUCAUUCACAGUGGCUCUGCUUCCAAUAGUUGGUGUUAGUAGCUACAUGAAAGUCAGCAUUUGUUUGCCAAUGGACAUCGAAAACCCCCUUUCCCAGGCAUACAUCAUGUUCCUUCUUGUCCUCAAUGUUUUGGCCUUUGUAGUUAUCUGCACGUGUUACAUCGGUAUUUACCUGACCGUCAGGAAUCCUGACGUCAUAUCUUCCAACAGUGACACAAAGAUUGCCAAACGAAUGGCGAUACUGAUAUUUACAGAUUUUUUGUGCAUGGCUCCAAUAUCAUUUUUUGCAAUCUCAGCUUCACUAAAGAUCCCCCUCAUAACAGUAUCCAAAUCCAAGAUACUUUUAGUACUUUUCUAUCCAAUCAAUUCCUUUGCUAAUCCUUUCUUAUACGCCAUUUUUACCAAGACAUUCCGCAGAGAUUUUUAUAUUCUGAUGAGCAAAUUUGGCUGCUGUGAAGCACGGGCACAAAUAUUCCGAACAGAGACCUCCUCGAGUGCUCACAAUCUUCAUGCUAGAAAUGGACACUUUGUUCCGGGACCAAAAAGCAGCAGUGGGUCAGUUUACACGUUGGUUCCACUCAACCACUAACAGUGAAGCUGUAACAACAUACCUCAGGAGGUGUGAAAUUUCUAUUUGAUAGAAGUCUAAAUUAUUUAGUGUUUCCUGAAAUAAAAAAAAACACUCCUUUUCUAAUUUUUUUACAGAAAUAGCUUAAUCUUGAAUUAUAGUUUCUUUAUAAAUACAAAAACUAAGAGGCAUUUAAUUUUGUUACUUUUUUGCACCUUAUUUUUUUUUUUUUAAACAUAUAUUUGGAAUUUUUAUAAAGUCAUAUUGUCUAAAUACCGAAUCCACUGUAAAAAUUCUCCCUUAAUAUAUAAGUGAAUCUAAAUAUAUCACCUUUCUAGGUAUCUACGUAUUGGAUCUUACCAUAACAUCGACAACAGUAGAAGCAGGGUACAACUUUAGAUACAAGUAAGGGAUCCUUCCAUAAAGGAACUAAAAAAAAGUUUAAAAGAGAACCAAUAGGAUUGUUUUGCCAUCAGGAUAGAUUUAUGCUAUAAAGGUUACCCUUAGAUCAGUGAUCCCCAACCAGUGGCUCGGGGGCAACAUGUUUCUCCCCAACCCCUUGGAUGUUGCUCUCAGUGCCCCCAAACCAGGGAGUUAUUUUUGAAUUCCUGACUUGGGGGCAAGUUUUGGUUGAAUAAAAACAAGAUUUCCUACCAAAUAAAGCCCCUGUAAGCUGAUAGGGUGCAUAGAAGCUGCCUAAUAGCCAAUCUUAGCCCUUAUUUGGCUCCUCCAUGAACUUUUAUGGUGCUUGUGUUGCUCCCCAAGUCUUUUUACAUUUGACUGUGGCUCACGAGUAAGAAAGGUUGGGGACCCCUACCUUAGAUAAAUGGUACUGCUUGAGUAUUACAAGAAAAAGCAAAUUAGUUAGAAAUAAAGACUUGGCUAUACAGGAUUCAAUGGGAAAAGGAAUUGCCAUAGUUUAAGUUUUCUGGAUAACAUAUUCCUGUAUAAUAGACCUGUACCAGUACCUGGAAAAAAAGAUUUAAUAUCAUUCAAAUUUUUGAGGUUUUCCAAAUCUAGAAAAAAGUUAACUCAAUUGUAUUUUUUUUAUCGCCUGCCUGCAUUUUUAAAAAACUUGAAUUAGAAAAGCUUGAUUGCGUUAAAUGACAAAAAAAAGUAAAUCGCACUAAAAUCACAUUCCUCCAGUCAAUUAUUUGAAAAAAUCUAAUUCUUGAAUUUUAAAAUAGCUUGUAAACAGAAAACACUCCUCCCAUUGACUUGGGCAUUUUGCCAAAUUUUAGAUGCCAAAUGCUUUCCAUUGUUGAAGCUAGAAAAUGUGAAUUGGAUAACUCAGAGUCAAAAAUAUUAGAAUUAGAAUUAGAAGCUUUUUUUUGCCAUGGAAAAAUGGAAUACAGGAAAAAAAAGCAAACUCUGUUUUUUAGCAAAUCAGCCCCAUAAUGUCUAAAACAGUGCUAUCCAACUUUUUAAUGCUUAGGGUCAGUUAUUCAAUAUACUACAUUAGUGGAAUGGUUUCUAAUAAAAAUGAUGGCAUUAUAUACAGAGGUGUAGGGUGUUCUGGGGGACUCUAACCUGAUCCAAAUCAUCCAGUUACACACCUGACCGGUUUUGACCCAGACAGCCCGGUUUUCAGAAGGGCUGCCCGGGUCAAAACCUCCUGCCUGGUUUCCCAAAUUAGGAAAACCGGGCAGAACUCAAUUGGUGCGGCAAUCGGGCAAUCACUGAUCGCGGCGUCAUAGUCCUGCCCCACUGCAUCAUGGCUCCGCUUCCCCUCCGUGACGUCACCCCUGCCUGGCUAAGAAAGCCAGCAGAGGUGGCAACCCUAUAGACAGCCUUAAAUGAGAGAACAUAGAUGAAUAAUGAGCUUAUAAACUGUAUAUUCCUGUUUGCUAUAGUAUCACACUUUCUUAAUUCUGUCUUAAUAUAAAGCUUGUUGACCAAGCUGAAAUGUAGGUAUUUGGACAUACAGUUUAAUCUUCACUGAAUGGUCAAGGCAAAAAAUGACAAUAAAUACGUGACAUGCAUUUCAGAAUACAAGUGUGAAAAUGGCUGCAUAGUCAAUGGAA